GCCAUUACAGCAGACGCUUUGUCACAUGUGAAGACUGCAUAUAUAGAGUGAUGAAGUUUCAUUGAAUCAUUAGAUAGUUCUGGGCAUAAGAUUAAGGUGAAUCAGAAUUCGACGUCUUUUCUAUAAAAAGUUUAAGGGAAAAGAUGUAUAGGCCAAAUUUAAGAAAACUUAGAGACGGUAAAUCAUUCACUCGUCAUAGGUGUUAUAGUGUCAAUAACAACAGCAAGUUUAAUAAUCCUCGAUUAAAUGAUUUUCCGGAAAAAUACCAACCCAAUGAUUGUCGAAAAGGAUGGUAUGAGGUUUGGGAGAAAAACCAAUACUUCAGACAAAAUAAGGAUGCCAACAAAACAUUCAGAAUGAUUUUACCUCCACCUAACAUUACAGGAUCACUUCAUUUAGGUCAUGCUUUAACAACAACUGUUCAAGAUAUUCUGGCUCGAUGGCACAGAAUGAAAGGUGCAUCUGUUGUCUGGAUUCCAGGUUUAGAUCAUGCUGGUAUAGCUACGCAAGCUGUUGUGGAAAAGUAUUUGUAUAAAACUAAAAAUAUCAAACGUAGUGAUAUGAAAAAAUCAGAUUUUAUAGACACUAUUAAUAAAUGGAAGAAUGAAAAAUCUCAGAUAAUUGAAGAUCAAUUAAAAACUUUGGGAGCAAGUUUAGAUUGGUCAAGGGAAUAUUUCACCAUGAGUAAACACCAUAAUCGAGCUGUUCAAGAAGCAUUUGUUACUCUAGAUAAAAGAAAUUUACUGUAUCGUCAGAAAAGUUUAGUGAAUUGGUCCUCAGCAUUAGGUAGCACAUUAUCUGAUAUUGAAGUAGAUAAUAUGAUUUUAACCGGAAAAACUGAUAUUGAAAUACCAGGGUAUAAAAGAAAAGUUACUUUUGGUCAAAUUUUUGAAGUUUGUUAUGAUUUAGAAGAUGGAUCAGAACAGUUAAAAGUAGCAACAACUAGGCCAGAAACAAUUCAUGGAGAUGUAGCACUUGCGGUACAUCCUAAUGAUUCUCGCUAUAGUCAAUUUAUAGGAAGAAGAGUGAAACAUCCAUUAAAAGAUUCAUAUAUACCUAUUAUUGCAGAUGAAAAUGUUAUAAUGGAUUUUGGCACAGGAAUUGUUAAGAUAACACCAGCUCAUGAUCGUUUUGAUUACAAAGUGGCAGUGAAAAAUAAUUUGGAAAUGAUAGAUGUGAUUGAUGAAAAUGGUCAAUUAACAGGACAAGCUGAUGAAUAUGCAGGGUUGCCAAGAUUUAUUGCCAGAACUAAUAUCAUAAAUCAGUUGCAAAGUAUUGGUAAAAUAAAAUCAAUUAAAGAUCAUCCCAUGCAGAUUCCAAGAUGUUCAAGAACAGGAGACAUAAUUGAGCUAAUUUUAAAAGAACAAUGGUUUAUGAAAUGUAAAGAUAUGAUGACUAAAGCUUACAAAGCUGUUGAAAAUGGAUCUUUAAGACUUAAUCCUUCUUUUCAUAAUCAACUGUGGUUCAAUUGGCUGGAUGAAAAUAAUUGCAGGGAUUGGUGUAUUUCAAGACAGUUGGUUUGGGGUCAUCAAAUUCCAGCAUACUUUUGUAAAAAAGAUGGAGUUACAAAAUGGAUAGUUGCACAUUCUGAAGAAGAAGCUAAAAUUAAAGCUACUGAAUUAUUUGGUGAAAAUUUUGAAAUUUAUCAAGACAGCGAUGUACUUGAUACAUGGUUUUCUUCAGCCUUACUUCCAUUUAGUGCUUUGGGAUGGCCUGAAAAAACUGCUGACAUGAAACAAUACUAUCCUUUGAGUUUAAUGGAAACUGGUCAUGAUAUUUUAUUUUUUUGGGUGGCUCGAAUGGUUAUGCUAGGCCUUGAAUUGACUGAUCAACUACCAUUUGAAGAAGUUUUGUUACAUGGAGUAUUGUGUGAUGCUAAUGGAAGAAAAAUGUCAAAAAGUAGUGGAAAUGUGAUAUUACCUGAAAAUGUAAUCAAUGGAAUUUCUCUUGAAGAUUUAAAUGCUCAAGCUAAAGCUAGCCACAAUUCAGGAAUAUUGAGUGACUCUGAAUUAAAACGAACUACAGGAAUGAACAAAAAACUUUUCCCAAAUGGAAUCCCUGAAUGUGGAGUUGAUGCUUUGCGAUUAACUCUAUGCUCUCAUAAUAUAAAAAAGCCUACUAUUUCAUUUGAUGUUCUUGAAUGUCAGCAAAAUAAAUAUUUUUGUAACAAAAUCUUUCAAGCAAGCAAAUAUGCUCUUCUUAUGACUGAUGAUAGCCCUAUUGUGGUGCCUGAAAAGUUCACUGUUAUUGAUGAAUGGAUUUUAAGUCGCUUAGCAUGGAUGGUUGAAACAGUUAAUGAUGCUUUUGACCACAGAGAUUUUCAUAAAGCUAUGGACGCUAUAAAGCAAUUUUUAUAUUAUGAAUAUUGUGAUUACUUUAUUGAAGGGACAAAACGUGGAUUUAUGAGUGAAGACAAGAGUAUUGUAAAUAGUCACAGAUAUGCCCUGACAAAAUGUUUAGAAGUAUCUAUUAAAAUAUUGGCGCCUAUUGCUCCUUACUUUUGCGAUGAUUUAUAUUUAAGACUAUCGAAAAAAUUAUCAAUUUUUACUACCCAAAGCUCACUAUGUGAAAGUGCUUACCCGGAUACCAAAGACUUAUUAAGUUUUAGAAACGUUAAUUUAGAAACUAAAAUGGAAAGGCUUAUCCGAAUUGUUUUAUCUCUCAGGAGUUUACUUGGAAGUAUUUCUGAUAAAUCUGACCUUGAAGGACACAUUGUUGUAAACAAUACAGAAGAUCUGAAGCUGCUUGAAAGCAGUAAAAAUAUUAUUGUCGCUGUUAGUAAAUUGUCGAAUAUUCAAAUAAUUGAAGCAGAUGAUUAUAAGAAAUGUAGUAAUUGUAUAAGUGGUUCUGUUGAUGAAACUGCUGCAGUGCAUGUCAUAAUCAACAAUGAGACUGUACUGAAAAAUACAAAAGAUCUUUUAGAACGUAGGAGAGUAAAGGCUGAAGAAAAGUUGCAAAAAUUAAUAAAAAAGACAUCUUCGAAAAAAUAUUCUUCAAAUGAAUCAGAAGAACAAAAAAAAGCUGAUCAAACAACAAUUUCGACGCUUCAAGGAGAACUAAAGAAGAUCCCAUUAUCAUCGUGAUUAAAUAGACAAUUUUGUAUAUAAAUUAAAAAUAUAUUUAU